AAAGAGUGAAAGAAGCGUCGUCAAGGAAAAAGAAGAAGAUGGAAAAGAAGAGUACAUUCGACUUGGUUUCAGACGAUUCCGAUCACAAAUACCACAACAAGAACAUCGCCGGAAACUGCUUCAGCGACACAAAGAGCGCUAUAUACAAACGAAUCAUGAAAGAGUGGAAAAUUCUCGAAAAAAAUCUACCCGAAUCCAUCCACGUCAAAGCCUACGAACGCCGCAUUGAUUUACUCCGCGCCGUCAUCGUCGGUGCUGCCGGUACACCUUACCACGACGGUCUCUUCUUCUUCGACAUUCAGUUCCCUGAAAAUUACCCAAACAACCCGCCAAAGAUCAAUUACCAUUCAUUCGGGUACCGUUUAAACCCGAAUCUUUACGCUAGCGGCAAAGUUUGUUUAAGCCUUGUCAACACAUGGAAUGGUAAAAAGUGCGAAAAGUGGGACCCAUCAAAUUCAACUCUUCUUCAAGUUUUGGUUUCUAUUCAAGCACUCGUUCUUAACGCGAACCCUUUUUUCAACGAACCUAUUUACCGUUCGGUGAGUCGUUCUUCUUACGAAAAGAAAUCACGUGCUUACAACGAAGACGCUUUCGUUCUCACGUGCUACACUGUUAUUAAUCUCAUUCGGAAACCACCUAGGAAUUUCGAGGAUUUCGUUAAGGAACAUUUUCGUGAAAGAGGUCCAGUUCUUCUCGCCGCGUGUAGAGAGUACGCGAAUGGGCGCGUGAGGAUUGGUUAUUACAAUUGUAACGAAAUCGCGAGUUCCUCAACGAAGACGGUUAUUAAAGUUAAGGAUUCUUUGAAGGUGUCGUUACGGAAUGCUUACUGCAUUAUGUAUAAACAGUUUAUAGGGUGUGGUGCUUCUUUGGAGGGUUUUCUUCCAGUCUUGGAGAUUGCGGUACAAGAAAAGAGGAAGAGCAAGAGAUCCAACGGUGGGAAUGGAAUCUUCAAGAAAGUUAUGGGGAAGAUCAAAUCAGCUUUGGGAUUGAAGAGGAAGAAAAAGAAGAAGAGUACGUGAUACAUUCAAAAGGUUUUUCUUUUUUUCUUUUUUUCUUUCUUUCUUUCUGCAUGAUCAUGGAGUUUAUUAUUAUUAUUUUUUAUGGUUAAAAAAAAUUACUCCGUAUUAGGUUUUUAGCUGUAAAGAAUCCCCUUUUAUUUUUGUCCUUAAACUUUAAAGCAACAAAAAGAUACAUAUGGUGGAGGGCGUUUAUUUCUCUGGAAUGAAACGUUUCUACCUUCAAUUUAAGUUUAAAGUUAAUUUGUUA